AUGAACGACUUACUGCAGAAGCAUGGCUGCUUUAACGUGUUCACAGUACCAGAAGGUCUUAAGGAGCUCAUGUCCGACAUAACUCGAGAAGUCCUUCGAGAGCAACCAAAGAACAUAUGCGAUUUCAUCUACAACUAUCUGUCUGCCCUACUCAUCACCCGCGAGCAUGGCGUGAUGGCUGUGAGGAUACUGGAAGACCUGUGCGACUGCAGGCCUUCUGUUUCUGAACACCUGAUCCAACUGGGCCUGGAGAAAGAUAUCGCUAACUCACUGGCACAAGUCAUAAAAGAUGAGAUUGAGACCUUCGAGCGAAAAAAAGACAAAGAAAAAAUAAAAGAAGCAAGUAUUUUGAAGAAAAUUUUAUCUAGAGCACCAUUAGACGAGGAAAUGGCCGCCAAGGUUUGUCAAAUCGCCAGGAACGCAUUCAAAGACUACUGGUACAAAAAGAAACUAAUGGAACAGAGUGUGACAAUGCGCGCCGAAGAGCCCUGGGAAGUGGCAGCCGAACGUACUUUGGCGUUGUACAAAAAGACCAAGCCGUCACUUGACGAACUCCACAGAGCUACAGAGAGAAUUCAAGCCGCCUAUAGAGGAUAUUACGUGCGUAGAAAUCUCUUGAAGCACUUAAAACCAAAGAAGAGAGGACCGAAGAAAACCCUGGGAGCUCCAUUAGAUAUUGCUGGGUCCAGAGAAAUUGAUCUAGGUCCUGUUACUGAUAUUCAAGUCAGAGAAGAUGACGUUAAUGGAUUGUUCGCGGCGCAUGCUUUCAAACUUGGACCGCAUUAUGACUCUAUAAAGACCACAGCUAUCGAUAAUGAGAGAUAUAAGAACCCCUUAGAAAAAUCUCCAACUUAUAAGAUGAUGGAUCAAAAGACUGGCGACCAAGCCAAUCGGCCAGUUAUUACAACUAAUCCUGAAGUUGGGAUCGUCCAAAUGGAGUCAAGAAGAGGUGAGUAUUGGACAUAG